UUCACUUUUGUUAUGGUAUCAUUGUUUUGUUUUUUGAUAAAUUGACAACACAAGUCUAAAAGAAAAGACUAAAAUCUAAAAUGGAAACAAAUUAUCCAGAAUUAAACAUAAAUAGAAUAUGCCGUAUUUGCUUAAACGAGUAUCCAAUGAUGAAACAUUUAUUUCAAGACAAUCUAGCAGAAAUUGUCCAAAGUAUCACCACCUUACAAAUCCAUCAAUAUGAUGCAUUGCCAAAUUUAAUAUGUUCUUAUUGCUUCGAAGAUGUAAAACAGUUUAAUAUAUUUAGAAAUAAAGCCCUAGAAAACGACAGACUUCUACAGGCAGUUUUAAAAGCCCAAGUAACAUACACAGAAAAUGUUUACUAUGAAAAUCAGAACCAAGAAGAUAAUUCCUUGUACAAUAAUGUUGGUAGCACAGUGCAGCUAGAAAAUAAUGUUACGACUAUUAUACAAAACACACCCGUAUCAAACAAUUUAUCCAAAAGAAAUCAAUGCAACAUUUGCAAUAAAAUAGUAAAAACUCCAGCUUCUUUAAAACGGCAUUUAAAACUUCACACUGGAGUAAAAACACACCCCUGCUCCUUUUGCGGAAAGCGAUUUUCUGAGCAGAGUAAUCUUCAAAAACACUUAAGGCAGCAUAAUGAAGUACCAAAAAGACACCAAUGCAAUGAGUGUGGUCUAAAGUUUUAUGACAGGUAUAAACUGAGGAUUCACAUAAAAAGACAUACUGGAGAAAAACUGUAUGCUUGUGAAAUUUGUGGAAAAGGAUUUUCAACUAAGUCACAAGUGCAUCAACAUAUGACAGUUCAUUCGCAAAAGCUUCAGCACCAAUGUAAUGUUUGCCAAAAAUAUUUCGCAUACAAAAGCUCUUUAAUAAAACACAAGAAACUGCACACUAAUCAGCAACAAUUUAUUUGUGAAGAUUGUGGUCAAUCCUUCACACAAAAGGUCAAAAUGCAGGAUCAUGUGAGGUCUAAACAUACUAAAGAGUGCCCAUUCAUGUGUAGUACAUGCGGUGAGCGAUUUUCGGUUUCUCAACAGUUGAAAAAUCAUGUCAGAACCCAUUCCGGAGAAAAGAAGCCGUUGAAGCAUCCAUGUCCAAUGUGUAACAAAGUAUUUGCAUCUUCCGCUGAAGUCCGAACGCACACACGAGUUCACACAAACGAAAGGCCCUAUCAGUGCGACAUCUGUGGGAAAAAAUUCAAAGUUUCCUCUCACAUGACGUCUCAUAGACGCAUUCAUACCGGAGAGAAGAAACACGCGUGCAGUUUUUGUGGGAGAGGCUUUAGAGAAGCUUCCACAUUGAAAGUGCAUACAAGAAUUCAUACAGGCGUGAAACCUUAUGAGUGUAAUGUUUGCGGGACGAAGUUUACACAGAAAAAUACUUUGAAUGUGCAUAUAAAAGUGCAUGAAAAUUAAGAACUCCACUUUUUGUCCUAACGACAGGUUUGGAAUUCCAAGAAAUGAAUACAAAAUAUACAUCUGGCAACACUGUAAGCUUCUCUCACAAAUAUCCUCUCAUAGACGCAUUCAUAUACGGGAGAGAAGAAACAUGUGUGCAGUUUUUGCUGGAGGGGCUUUAGAGAAGCUUCCACGUUGAAAGUGCAUACGAGAAUUCAUACAGGUGUGAAACCUUAUGAAUGUAAUGUGUGCGGAUCGAAGUUUACACAGAAAGAUACUUUAAAUAUGCAUGAAAAUUAAAGAUUCCACUUUUUAUCCUAACAACAGGUUUGGAAUUCCAAGAAAUGAAUACAAUUUAUAAAUCUUGCAACACUGUAAGCUCAUUCUCAGGGUUGCUCAGGGCUCCCGCUACCAUAUGUGCAAUUCACACGAGUGCCAUCCUUUAGGGGCGCCAAAACUCAGGAUCAAAAAUUGCAAAAAAAUGUUCAAUUUUUGACAAGGUUAUGAUAAUUGGGCAAACAUGAAAGGACAGCAAGUUGCGUUUCUAAAACGCAUUCUUGAUGCGAAUCCGAGUGUCAGAUGCUACAAUAGUUUUUUAAUCUUGUGCAAGAGCUAUAUAAAUUUUUUCGUCGUUCACAAAAAGGUGGGUUAUGAGAAAAAUUUUUCCCGGGUUAAGUUUAAAGCCUCAAGUAGUCUAAGUGAGACAAUAUUGUCCAGCAGAAUUGUUUCAAUAAAGCCCCUUAAGAGGAUCGGUACGUAUUUUCGGCUGCAAUGGUAUUCAAAUGGGGAUUCAUUUUUUUCGAAUCCUGAGAAAACUAAUAAGUAUUUUUGAAAAAUUUAAACGGAGAAUGAAAGAUUACGUUAUUAGCGAGGGCCGAAAGUCCCUGAGAACUUCUAUAAUGUUUAUUUUAAUAAGUUACAGGGGUAAAAAACUAAGAGAAAAUUUAGUGUGAUUUUUAAUUUCAAAUAUCUAAUUCAAAAUAAACUUUUUAUUUAUUCUAAGGGACUUUCGGCCCUCUGUAAUAAUUUAGUCUUUCAUUCUGUGUUUAAAUUUUUCAAAAAUAUUUAUUGGUUUUUUCAGGAUUCGAAAAAAAUAAACGCAAUGCCGUGGUAAUAUUUUCCAAAUCUGUCUUUGUCUUACAACGCACUUAGCCGAAUAUAAUAUUGUCAGCAUAUAUUGUCAGUCAGACAUUGACAAUCAGUGACAAUUUUAAAUAUUUGACAUUGCAUCGGGAAUAUUUUGAGAAAUUGAUUAAAUAUUAUUGAUAUAUAGUGUAUUUAAUAAAUAAUUGAUUUAAGACGUGAACUUAAUAAAAAGUUAUUUAUUGUGUAUUAUUUGUGGAAGAUCCAAGAAGAGAAUACAUCAGAUAUAUCCUGUGGUCCAAGUAUUGUGUUGUUAGAGAUGUUCAAAAUCGUAAGCGUUCCAUAAUAAAAAUAUAUUAUUAAAAAAUCACUUUAACACUUUUUCUCUUUUCUCGAUUGAUUAUUAGUUUUUGUUGUACAAAUAAAUUAUUACAAUCACUGAAAACAUAGUUAGUGAAAAAAUUAUCACAUUUAUUAACUGAAUUAAUAAUUUGCAAUUAUAAAAAUAACAGUUAUCCAAGAACAUUCAAAAGCCAUCUCUUUAAAUUAAUUAUGACAUUUUCAAGUAGAAUGACAUUCUAGUAAUGUUUACAUAUCCAUACCAGUGUGAAUUUUACUACAAGUAAUUUGCCGUGUAAAGACAGAAAAAGUAGGGAUACACGUAAAAUAUUUGCGAAUUAUGUACCCAUAGCCUUAAACUUUAUUUAAUUAAGGUUUGCGAAAGUCUUCUAAAGUAGCUGAAGAUAAUUCCCUUCACAUUUAAGCAAGACAUAAAACGAGUUCCCUCUUAACGUCUAUAAAAAAUUUUCAAUUUAUUUGUGGAAUUAUUAUUUGGCAUGUCUUUUAUUUCAUAUAAAUAUUGUCAGAAAACAAAUGCAAAGUGCUACAAUUAAUAAGUAUUAAAGUAUGUCAAACCUACCUAAAAAAUUUAGUAGAUACUUUCAGCAAUAUAGAUCUGACCAAUAAUUUCAAGAGAUUCUUAUACAAGCGAAAGAAGUAGCACUCUCUCUCGAAAUUGAAGAAGAUUUCACCGUUACCAACGGUCAGGAGGAAAUUUAAACCAAAACUGUUUGACUAUGAACACCGAGAUGUUAGAUAGAUAGAUGUUGGAACAUAUAGACUCCAAAAUGCCUUAAGGGGCGCCAAAAUCCUUGUUUACAUAAACGCGUUAGUAGUCCUUACGGGGCCCUGCUUUUUCUACUCGUAGUCUUUUUCUUAUUUCGCCGUCUCCUUUCAAAGGUUGGAGAUCCGAGUGGAAAUAGUAGCUUUGGAAACUUUCUGCAGAUGAUCAGUCAAACCAUCUUUUUAGGAGAGACCAAUUGUUAUAUAGGAAAGUCAGAUCUUCUUGGAUUUUUAGACACAGUCAGAUAAGUUUGAAACUUUGAAGUAUAGCUUACAGUCAUCAGCAAAACGAGGUAGAUAAACGACGGCCGGAUAAUAUACUUAUUAAUGACAAUGACGAAAAGACCGAAAAAAAGACGGCCGCAGAUGAUGAACAACAUUUAGUUCGAGAAGAGUUUGAUGAGGCCGUAGAAACACCAAAAGAAAUCGAUUCCAAAGCAGCGGCAAUCAUCGAAGUAAGGACAUAUUUACCCGAAAAUCUUCACAGAAAGAAAACCCUCUGGAAUGGUGGAAAAAAGUGGUGAAAAAUAAACAAAAUUUGCCUCUUUGUGAAUCAGUUGAUUUGAUUUUUGUAUGGUAAAGGAAAACAUAGGCAUAUAUGUACUAAGAAGUAAAUUAAAAUAUAUUUUAAACAAAAACUAUAAGAUUACUUCUAUUUUGGAAAAAGUUACGAAAGUCCAUCAAUGUGAUCUAUACACAGAUAGAAAGCAUAAUUUUAAUUGCACAUUUUGAAAAACAACUUAUUGUCAAUACUAAACACUAGUUUGUGAAAUUGCCUAUCUACUAUAAGUAUGUUUGGUUAAUGUAUUUCUUAAAACAUUGUUAUUUUGUAUACAUUAAAAUAAACAUAUGUCAAAAUUGUAUUUCAA